CAACACUUAACUUUGACAUUUAAAAGAACCUAAAAAAUGCGCAAUGUCAAUACACAUUUCAAUUUACUGGUUUGUAAUGGAAAGUUGAAUAAUUAGUGCAAUAAUAAGUGUCACUUAUUAUAAGUGAACCUUGUAAGGCGCGGAACUAGUAAUAAUGUCGAGUGUUAAAAUAUAAAAUCAAAUUUAAUUCAUCUUAUAAAAAAUCGAGAAACAUGGAAAUCAAACAGGCAGAGCAAAAUCAAAAUAGGAUCUUUUUAGAGGAAACGUUUUAUGUGUUAAGUAAAAAGAAUUGUGUAUUUCGUGUAAGGCUGACAAAAGAGGGACUAUGUUUAAUCAAAGAAAGUGAGAAUACUGUUAAGGAAUCAUUAAUUCCAAUUAGAGAUAUCAUAGGAUGUAGGUGUUUGAGGAGCAAAAAACAAACUAAUAGUUGUGCUUGCCAAAAUCUUCCUCGUUCAAAUAGUCUUCAAGUGGUUGAGGACACCUCUGGGGAUUUAGAUGACACAGAUGUUAGUGCCUAUUUGUAUAUUUAUGCAUACAUAUUUCCAGGAAAUAAGGGCUCAGCUAGGAAAAGAGAGAGAACAAUAAUAACAUUAAGGUUUAGAUCUUUUGAUAAGUAUGAGGAAAAUCACAAAGAAGCCCAGAGAUGGAGGACCGUUAUAAAAAAAUUAACAAAGGGGGAUGAGGUAUCCAUUACUAAUAUUCAUGAUUUCUCACUUAGCCACAAGCACAAAGAAACCAGAAAGUUGCUGGUUUUAUGUAAUCCAAAAAGUGGUCCUGGAAAGGGAAAACACAUAUUUCAGCAGAAAGUGGUUCCUGUAUUACAAGAAGCCGAAAUUCCAUAUGAUCUUCAUAUUACUAAACAUGCAAAUUUUGCCAGGGAGUUUGUCAGGACAUCCAAUUUAUUUCAGUGGACAGGAAUUGUUUUGGUAGGUGGCGAUGGGAUAAUGUUCGAGGUGAUCAACGGCAUAUUCGAGCGCUGCGAUUGGUCGGAAGUGAUCCGUUCGAUACCGAUCGGAAUUGUUCCUGGCGGGUCGGGCAACGGACUUGCACGAAGCAUAGCGCAUUACUGCAACGAGCCGUACAUCGGCACCCCCACCCUGCCGUCUGCGCUGGCCGCGGUGCGCACCAAUCACACCACCAUGGACCUCGUGAGAAUAGAGACGACGUCGCAGAUUAUGUUCUCGUUUUUGAGCGUCGGGUGGGGGCUGCUGUCCGACAUCGACAUCGAGAGCGAGAGGUUGAGGAUUUUGGGCGGGCAACGGUUUACCGUGUGGUCUUUGGCGAGGUUGAUCGGUUUGAGGACGUACAAUGGAAAGUUGUGGUAUAUACCGGCCGGUGCGCCGGUAUCGCCGCCAAAAUCAAACUUGAACAACACCAGUAUGUCCAGCAAUCUAGAUCUACCCACCGAGGUGCAUUUAGAGACGGAUGCGGGCAGGCCUAGAGUCGAUUCUUGGUACAGCGCCAACUCGAAAAAGAGCGCGUAUUUCUCCGCGACAGGCAGCUCUUAUCAAUCGACGGCCGACAGCGGCGAACAUCGCCCGAACGCCGACGAAAAGCCCCGAAUGUUCGGGCCGGCGUCGCAGUUGCCGUGCCUUACGGCUCCCCUCCCCGCGUCCUGGAAGUGCAUAUCGGGCGGGUUUAUCAUGGUGCACGCCUCCUACCAAAGCCACCUCGGCGAAGAUUGCUUAUUCGCGCCGGAAGCCACUUUGAACGACGGAAGAAUAUGGCUGCUAAUAGUGCGCGGAGGCGCGACGCGCUCUCAACUGCUUCACUUUUUGCUGGGGCUCAGUACGGGUGCGCAUGCGUCGUCCCAAACCGAAGGCGACAUGAUCGAGUUGAUACCGGUUACCGCGUUCAGGAUUGAGCCCGAUAUGAGCGAAAAGGGUUACAUGACCGUCGAUGGCGAGCACGUGGAAUACGGCCCAAUUCAAGCCGAAAUCUUCCCCGAAUUGGGCCGGGUCAUGAUUCCCUGAUCAGAACAUUCCUUAGGUACCGUAAGCAAUUUAAAAAAGAAAUCGAAGGUUGUGAUCUUGUCCACUUUAACGCCUCUUUUGAUUAGGCUUGAUAGCAUUUAAUUGCCGAGUUAUUUAAAAUUUCUUGUGUCAAACAUUAUAGUUAUGUGUUCAUUUAGACAAUAUUUUUUGUAAAUAUUUGGUAAUUUUAUUUUUACUAUAAAACCAGUUCUAACAUGACAUGGGUUUUGAAGAAGAAAAAAAACGAUUUAACAAUAAAGAUUUAAGUAGUAAUAAUAAUAUAGAUGGGGCAUUCCAUACCAACUUGAACACUUACCCUUACUUUUAAUUGAUUGAUU